CGUUUGUAGCCAUUCAGCAGCCUGGCGCCGCAGAGAGCACAUCGAGCCAGCGGAGCCUGCAGAGCGUCAAUUCACAGCGCAGACACACACAGAAACACACACACACACACUGAGACAGACAGACAGGAGGGGGACAGUCAGAAGGCAUCCGCAGGCAAGAAGAGACACGCAAAAGCCGCGUGUUUCGCACCCACAAGAACCUUCUCCACCUCCAGCAGUGAGGGAAAGCGUUUGGAUCCGUGGAGCUAUUUUUCCCGAGCAGAGGAAGCUUCGGAGUGGGCUCUGCAGGGUCGGUGUGACUCAUUGAGAAAUAAGACGAGCUCUCUCCGGCCAGAUGCAUGAAUGACUGCCUGAGUAGGAAACCUGCAGUCGGGAAAUCUGUAGAGGAGACGCGCGUUUUCAUUCCUCCGCCUCGUCUCCAGAGCGCACAGGACACCGAGGAGGAACACCUGAAGUGAGAUUCUAUUUGCCUGAUUUCGACUUUUCCCCAUUUUUGCCUCUCUCAAGGGGCCUCCAAAGCAGAGGACUAUAAAAAAGACAGAUUUGCUGGUUGCCUGCGUCCUUUGCGCUGCAGCCAGGGACUCUCUAACCCAAACACCAACCUUCUCCACUCGUCUUUUUCACCUCCUGCGUAUAAAUGCUCGACAAGCUCAAGCCCGUCGUCCAGCUCGACUCGGUAAUGGCGAUCAGCAAGACGGUGGGCUGGCUCCGGGAGCAGCUGGAGACGCGCAGGGACGGCCUGUUGGUGAUGGACUGCCGGGCCCAGGAGCUGUACGAGUCAUCGCACGUCGAGACGGCCAUCAACGUGGCCAUCCCGAGCCUCAUGCUCCGCCGGCUCAAGAAGGGGAACCUGCCCGUCAGGUCGCUGCUCUCGGACGGGGAGGACAGGGAGAAGUUCGUGCGGAGGUGCAAGACGGACACCAUCGUGCUGUACGACGAGUACAGCCGGGAGUGGAACGAGAAUGUGGACGGGGGAUCGGUGCUGGGUCUGCUGCUGAGGAGGAUGAAGGACGAAGGCUACAGGGCCUAUUAUCUGGAGGGUGAGUGCGGUUCAUUCACAUUUUAGGGGGGCCCUGCCGCUCAUUCACACCCGCAGAGUGCUGCAGAGACGGAGGGAGGCGCUUUAGCUGGGGGUUAACGUGGAUUCACGUGUAGUGGUCGACCGAUAUCGGCUUUUUUAACGUCUGAUGCCGAUAAUUUAAGGGUUGGAUGGUCAAUCUAGGAGACAAAAAUCAAUUUAUUCAUGUUUUUUUCUGAAUUUGUGUGUAAUGGAAUAAGAGAUCGGUUUCUGCUAUCGAUUUCAAGCAUGUCAAAAACAACAUAAAUGUGCUUUAUUCUGAUAAUAUGAUCAUUUAUAUUCAGCACUGGCCUGCAGCUGUUUUCGAUUUGAUAUGUUGUCGUUCAGUAAAGAAACAUCAACUCCAGACCAGCUGCAGUGUCUGCAGACCUGAUUUGCUUAUCAGCCUUGAAAGCAGAGAUUACGCCGUUAUUGGCCUAACCAGUGAAUCAGUCCACCUCUUAAGUCUAAUGUUUUUAUUAUCAGGAUCAUCAAGUCAUUGUUUACAGUGAUCAUAAUUGUUUAAAUAUCCAUGACUUGGUUAUUUGUUUACUUUUUGUGAGGUGGUUAAAGCGUGCAUGAGUUUGCAGCUGUAUCGGUCUGUGCAGAAACAUCACACACAUGUUCAUAGGGGCAUUAAAGUUAUUGUGUUUUUGGUGUAUUUUCCAGGUGGUUUCAGUAAAUUCCAGGCCGAGUACCCCGCUCUGUGCGAGACCAACCUGGACGGCUCCUCCAACAGCAGCUCCCCCACAGCUCAGGUGCUGGGCCUCGGAGGCCUGCGCAUCAGCUCCGACUCCUCAGACAUCGAGUCAGACAUCGACCCGAGCAGCGCCACAGACUCUGACGGCAGCCCGCUGUCCAACCCCCAGCCCUCCUUCCCGGUGGAGAUCCUGCCUCACCUGUAUCUUGGCUGCGCUAAGGACUCCACCAACCUGGAUGUCCUGGAGGAGUACGGCAUCAAGUACAUCCUCAACGUGACUCCCAACCUGCCGAACCUCUUUGAGAACGCCGGGGAGUUCAAGUACAAGCAGAUCCCCAUCUCGGAUCACUGGAGCCAGAACCUGUCCCAGUUCUUCCCAGAGGCCAUCAGCUUCAUCGGUAAGAAACUCUCCAAGCAAACGCUAACUUUUUCCUCUUCUGAUUAGACUGCAAAUGAAUGUUUCUGGAUCGUUUAUUUAUCAUGGAGAAUUAGCCAAACCAACUCUCCAGAUAUCUCAUUUUGUCUGCCAAACAGUCCGAACUGUAAAAACAGAUUUAUUCUUUCCUAGAGACAGGAAACAGCUCGACAGCUCGCUCCAUUAUCCGCCAAACGCAUCCCUUUGAUGACCUUGUGGUUGUUUUGAACAUUAGCAGACAAAGCAGAGGGGCAGCAGGUGAUAGCAGGGGACAUAAUCUUAUUAAUUUGAUAUGUCUUAUCGCUGCCAGGAAGUUCUUAUGUUCUUAUUGUGCAUUUGAGAUUAGAUGAGGUGUCCCUGGCUGUGAUCUUAUCAGUCACUCAGGCAGGGACACAGAGCAGGCAGAUUAGGGCCAUUGUAUGCGAGUCAGAGGAACACAAGUCCGCCUCUAAUGGUGCACGGGCUAAAACGCACUGAGUGUGUACAAAAGGCCCUGACUUCAAUGGAAGACAUCCUGGCCUAUCUCUUGUCCCGGGGCUUGUGUAAUUGCAGCACAAAGGGCGACGUUGAAACAGGAGAACAGGGGAGAGUGAACGAGGGGAGGGCGGUAAUUCGAGCGCAACAGGAAGGAAGUGGCAUUGAAAGUAAUCUAGGACAUGGCAUUGCCCCCCCUUCCUACCCUCCCCUUCCUCCAGCCCUCCUCUCCACAGCACAAAAGGAGCCAUUUACAGGCCCUGUUGACAUCCUGUUCGCCUUGACAGGGUUGCCCUCAUGACUCCUACGUUUACACGCCCAAAUGGCACCAUUGUCGGAGUAACCCUAGCGAGCGGAAGAAUGGUUUAAUAGACCGUAAUAGUCAAUUUCCCAGCCGGCUACUCCAGGCCAAAAAAACUAAAAGAAUGUCGGCUCUGUUUGUGUGCGCUACUGCUGCAGCUCUUGUUUGUUGACUGACACGCCUGGGAGAUAGCCGGGAUAAUAACUUCCGCCGCUCUCUCUCUCUCUUCCCUGGAUACGCUCCAAAGUUCAACACAACUCACAUUAAAUGUCACAGAUGUUUAUCACAACUUCUGUUCAGUUCCUCUGGAAAAGACUCCGAAAAGGUGCAAAAUAAACCCUCUAAAUUUAACUUAACCCUGCAGCUCCUCAUGAACGGCAGAUUUCUUGCUUUACUUUUCAGUAUUUUAGGAUUCUGGGACUGUUUGUUGGACAAAAUGAAGCAGCUGCGGACUUUUCUACGGUGGCCCUGAAGUGCAAAACAUCAAGAGAGUUGGGAAACACCAAAAUGACUCACUGAGCACAGCAACAAAUCACAAAAAAAGAGCUAAUAAGACAGAAACAACAAUGAGUCAUAAAUCACAAGGACAAAACGCAGCAGGGUUGUGUUACAAAACACAACAAAAACAUUAUUUAACAGGAUGAAAAACCACAAAAACACGACAACAAAUCACUAAUAACUGUUAAGAAUUACAAGUAAACAUGAAAAAACUCAAGAAAACAAAAUUUUUUCAUGUUUUGUGAUUUCUUGGUAUGUUUUUUUUGUGAUUUGUCCUUUCCUGUGGUGGUUCCCAUUUCUCUCUGUCUUUUGCACUUCAGAGCCUCCGUACAUUUCUUAUUUUUACCAUUAAACCUUAAAUUUAUUGGUCAUUUAACAUGACAUUUUUGACACUUGAAAGAUUUGUGCACUUCCAGGAGAGGUCUAUAACACGUUCCCUUCUUUUUUCUUCCACCAGAUGAGGCUCGAGGUCAGAAGUGCGGCGUCCUGGUCCACUGUCUCGCCGGCAUCAGCCGCUCUGUGACGGUAACAGUGGCCUACCUGAUGCAGAAGCUGAACCUGUCCAUGAACGACGCCUACGACAUCGUCAAAAUGAAGAAGUCAAACAUCUCCCCCAACUUCAACUUCAUGGGCCAGCUCCUGGACUUUGAGCGCACUCUGGGCCUGAAGAGCCCGUGCGACAAUCGCUUGGCGGCGCCCAGCCAGCCUCUUUACUUCACCACCCCAACGAACCACAAUGUCUUCCAGCUGGACCCCCUGGAGUCCACGUGAGGCCUGCUCUAACGCCCCUCUACUUUAACCGGAGGUUUCAACGCACCUCCUGUUGGAAAAAGCUGCAAAAAGUUAAUCUUUUUUCCGUCGUCUGGCGACACGGCAUUGAUACGGACGGUUUGAGGCGACUAGUGCUGAGCGUGGUUACUGGAGGGCCGAAGCAGUUUGGGCCGAGACGCAGCUGCUUUUUGAAUAAAUGAGGAGAGACAGAAACGAGGAAGAGAGUCAUUUCAAGAAUGCAGAUACUUACUUCAAUCUUAUAUAAUCGUUGGACUCCUGGGGUCUUUUCUCUCUUUUUUUUAUCUGUUGUAUCAGAGGAAAGUCAAAGUGGGACAGCUAUAUGUUUUGCUUCUAAGCUCCUGGGCUGGCGUGCCAAAGAGACCUGAUUGUUCAAACUGGACUGAUCUGAAUCCUUUCGUAUGGGGCCGUUUCGGGGUCUAGCACUCGUUCGCCCGGAGACGUCAAGAUGCAUCGUCUGCUUCGUCUUCUGUGAAGACUUGCCUGAGUGGGGUUAAAGCGCCCCGGCUUUAAACGGCACACUCUAUACUGGACUCGAUUUUACAUUUGUGGAGUCUUUUCAAACAUUUAUACAUUGUGUAUAUACAUCUUAAUAUAAAGAGACAAUACAGUAAAAGCCUUGCUCUAGUAUAUAAACACCCUUUGCAACAAGUGGGUACUCUUUGUUUCAUAUUCUACUUUUAUGUAAACGAAACAAACAACUUAUUGAUCAGUAUGUUUUAAGAUAAUUAUGCCAAAAAUCAAGUAGAAUUGUGCAAAAAUGUGUACAUGUGUAAUAUAUUUGAUAAUCGCUUUAUGUGUGAAUUCAGCCGACGGCCUUGUUUUUGCACCCCCCCUGUCACGAAUCAAAGUCACCUUGGUUGUUUGCCUUACUUUUACCCUCAGAAGGUUUUUGUGCAUUAGCCUCCAGAGAGCUUCACCCACUCAAGCACACCAGAUUUCUUUAUGGCACUAUGCACGUUCGAGUCUGAACGGCCAACAUGCCUCUUGUCUGGGUCUCUGAAGGUUAAUGCGAGCGAUCGUUUUCUGUGCACAAGGGUGAAAAGUCUCCGACAUGUGGAGAGAGAGGAGAAGGCUCGGUUCUUCUCGGCUCUUCAGGGAAAACUCUGCAAAAAUGCAGUUUUUUAUUUGUCAAGAUGAGAGAGAGAGAGAAAAAGUGUCUCCCUACAGAGAAGGCCUCUUUCCAGAGGGGCGCCAUCGCGGCCACCUCUGCCAACCCCACUCCACACUCCUCUCUUACGAAUGUAAAGAAAGAUAAGUUAUUAAUAAAUUGCUAUUUUGUCUACA